AUGGUAGCCAUCUCAUCUUGCCUCCUGGCACAAACAGUCGCGGUCACCAGCCUCUCAACCUACAUUGGCGUCUAUGUCCAGCAACUGGUGGGGCUGGCUUCUGCGGACAUGGCGGGCUACUACUCGAGUUGGUUGCUGAUCUCAUACACAGUCGGCGGUCUCCUCUCAAGCUACCCGUGGGGAAUAUUCGCUGACCGAUUCGGGCGGAAACCGGUCAUGCUGAUUGGCGUAUGUGGGACGGGCUUGUUCUCGAUUGCCUUUGGAAUGUCGGAAACCUUGGCUGCGGCCAUGAUCUCAAGGUAUUUUUUAUGA